AUGACGUGUUUCUAUCGUGUGGCUGCCGUGGUGUGCGCUUACUAUGCGUCAGCGUAUCGCGUGCAGCACUCAGACGGAAUGCAGGGAAUGGGAAUGCUCCAGGCAGGUCCUGAAGGGGACUUGCGAGCAGCCGCCGUGAAGUCCUUCAAACCUCCCACUGUGUGGAUGCCCACAAUUGAUUUCCAGAAGCUUUUCUUUCCGAGAAUCGAACUUGAACGACAUUCCAACACCAGUGUCUUCGAACAAACACGAAGCUUUAUGGAAGAAGAUAAUCCAAGAGGCUGGGCUAAGAACUGGUCUAGUACGAUUGGCUUCGGUGUCGGCUUUAAGAAUGAGUCUGGGGUGGACGCUCAAGGCUUGCGGAAGGAGUGGUUGUCACUUUGUCUGCAGUCCAUUGUGAUGCCUGAAGGCCACGAAAAAGCUGGACUUGAGUGUAUCAAAAGCGGCUCAUGCGGCGCCGAUGCUGGUACUCAAUACUUGCUGGAAGCGCUGCCUACAGGUGAGCUUAUUCCAAUCAGAUGGGAGGAAGAGGAGGCUGAGUCUAAGUGGAGUGGAAGAGUGGGAUCAGUCUUGAAAUUUGCAUAUGGAGCUUACGACAAAGCUUACGAGACAGUUCUGGGUGCAAAAGCCAGCAUACCCUAUGCGGCCCGCAAGCGUUUCAAGUUCUUGGGGAAGUGGCUAGCUCGAGCUUACAUUAUUAGUGGCCUAGGGUAUGCGCCAAUGGGUCUGCAUAGUCUGAUCUACAAGAGUUUGCUGGCUGGUCAUGCAGUUGCACCUGAGAGCGAGCCCUUCUACAGCGAGGAAGAUACCAUUCCUGCCUGUGAGAAGAUGGCUGCCAUUGCGCAGCGACGCAGCCCCCAGGAGCUUCAGAGCUACGGAUGGCUGAGUUGUGAUGAAAUCAAAGACCCCGAGACCGGCAAAUACACUCAGCCAAGUUGCUAUAAACCAAUCUACAAGGAUGAAAUGAUGUGGGAUGCUCUCUACCUGGCAUGGGGCCCUCUUGCUCCCGAUGGUGCAAAAGCUGAUGAUACUGUUCCUUUUGCGCAAGCGCGUGAAUUCACAGAACUCCGCUGUGAAGAGUCUUGGAAGCGCUUUGAAGAGCCCGUGAACUCCAUGGUAGAGGGCUUUCAUGAAGUCAUCCCCAGUGACUCUGAAUUUUACAACUUGCUAAAUGGAAAUUCUGAGACACUUGGACACUUGAUCGAAGGCAACUCGGAGGUGGAUCUAGAUGAGUUGUGGGAAGCAAUUGAGUGGGGUUGGGGGUGGACGGACGAGGAGCAGCAAGUGCUUCGUCAGGCGUUGGAGGAGAUGCAGGAGGAGGGAAAGGACUUGCCACCUGUGAAGCGACCUUUGAACAAACUCUUGCGUUUCUUUACUGGCUCUUUCAAGCAGCCUGUAGAAGGAUGGAAGAACUCAAAGGUGGAGUUUGUCCGCAAGAGGACAGAAAGGUGCAUCCCUCUGGUUGGAAAGACUUGCUUCAAUGAAUUGCGCAUUCCUUCAGGAUGCCUCGAAAGCUCUCACAAGCUGAAAGAGAUGAUUGCUGAGUCUGUGGUGACAGAGGACUUUGGCAUCGAGUAG